GUAUCCAACGGUCGACUUACUCGGGCAGUUCUGCAACAGCUACGUCCUGACAAGAUAGACUCCCUCCAAAUAGAAGUUAAUGACACUGGCCAGACGUCUCAUGCUUCAAGUCUAGCAAAAGACCAAUCAUCUUGCGCUUUAAUCAGAGCUGAUCCUUUGGCACACAAGAAUCUAAAGUUUGCUGAUCGUGAGUCCAGACAUUUUCAGUUGCCCAUUGAAUUGCAGCUAAAUCUCAAACGAACAAUCACCUCGGAAUCAUCUGAAGCAUCGACUUCGAGGCAGCUUUUGCGACCUCCAGAGUAUACCACCAAUACCGGCAAUUUCUGGGAAACACCACAACUUGGUAUGACUUCAAAAGAGCCACUCCCUAAGAUCGAGUCUUCCCUCCCUUUGAUGCAGAGUGUUGACUGCACAGGUUAUGAUAGUAACGACGUAAAUUCCAAUAAAACUGAAUCUUCAAGAGCUAAGAGGAGUGAAUACAGUAGCUCUGCAGAAUUCGGCUCAGAUGAAGAAGAAGAACUGGAACAGAAGGGGGCAACGACAUUGACCCACUCUGGGCAACGGGUUUCGAAGAGCGCUGAUACUUCGGUGGGGGGCUACGAAGAGGACUUCGUAGACAUCGACACAAGUGAAGAAGAAUUGCAGACACGGAUGGAUGAAAAGCUCGACUUCGUAGACAUCGACACAAGUGAAGAAGAAUUGCAGACACGGAUGGAUGAAAAGCUCGUUAGUGCAUAUCUCACAUAG